AUGGACUACGAGGCGCUGAAAGACCAGUGGAGCGAUGUCGAGGAUCGCGAUGGUGUCAGGCUCAGCUGGAACACAUUUCCAAGCUCGCGCAUGGAGGCAUCCCGCUUAGUUGUCCCCAUCGGAGCAGUGUAUACUCCACUCAAGGAGAAGUCCGACACCCCGCUGCUGCAGUAUGAACCUGUGACGUGCAAGGCUCCUUGCAAGGCUGUUCUCAAUCCUUAUGCUAAUGUUGAUGUCCGAGCUCGGAUCUGGAUAUGCCCGUUCUGUCUUAUGCGCAAUCCGCUGCCACCACACUACAAGGACAUUACCGAAAAUGCCAUUCCCCCGGAGCUUCAUCCCCAGAGUACCACCAUCGAGUAUCGAUUGGCUCGUCCGGCCCCGGCCCCGCCUAUUUUCGUGUAUGUCGUCGACACUUGCCAGGAGGAGGACAGCAUGCAGGCCUUGAAGGACUCUCUCGUUAUGAGCUUGUCUUUGUUGCCUCCCAAUGCCCUGGUCGGUCUGAUUACGUUUGGCACAAUGGCACAAGUCCACGAAUUGGGCUACGGAGAGUGCGCAAAAUCCUACGUAUUCCGAGGCAGCAAGGAUUAUGCAUCAAAGCAGGUUCAGGAGAUGCUUGGACUUCUUGCGCCUGGUCUCCGCCCCGGCGCUCCCCAGGUUCCAGGUCGCCCACCGCCUCCCAUGGGCCCUGCAGCUCGAUUCCUUCUUCCCGUGCAGCAGGCUGAAUUUCAAAUCACCAACGUUCUCGAGCAGUUGCAGCGUGACCCAUGGCCCGUUGCUAACGAUAAGCGUGCUUUGAGGUGUACUGGAAUUGCUGUCAGCGUUGCUGUCGGCUUGUUGGAAACUUCAUUCCAGAACGCUGGUGGACGAAUUAUGCUGUUCACCAGUGGCCCUGCCACCGAGGGCCCCGGUGCUGUUGUUAGCCCAGAGUUGAAGGAGCCCAUUCGGUCUCAUCACGACAUUGACAGAGAUAACAUCAAAUACUACAAGAAGGCGGUCAAGUUUUACGACAAUCUUGCAAAGCGCGCGGCACACAACGGCCACAUUGUCGAUAUUUUCGCUGGCUGUCUCGAUCAAGUCGGUAUGCUGGAGAUGAAGAAUUUAUCAAACUACACUGGCGGCCACAUGCUGUUGACUGACAGCUUCACGUCAUCGCAAUUCAAGCAGUCAUUCGUCCGAGUCUUUGACAAGGAUGAGAAUGACAACCUUCUCAUGGGCUUCAAUGCAUCACUGGAAGUCCUCACCACAAAGGAACUCAAAGUCACGGGUCUUAUUGGACACGCUAUCUCUUUGAAUAAAAAGUCCAGCAGUGUUGGAGAGACUGAGUGUGGUAUUGGAAACACAUGUGCGUGGAAAAUGUGCGCUAUCGACCCUGCAGCAAGUUAUGGUAUCUACUUUGAGAUUGCGAACCAAGGUGGCCCUGCGCCCAUGCAACAGGGACCCCAGCGUGGAAUGAUGCAGUUCCUCACGUACUACCAGCACUCUUCUGGCCAGUUCCAUCUGCGAGUCACGACGAUUGCCCGAAAUCUCAGCGGCCCUGCCGGUGAUCCAGCACUUGCUCAGUCCUUUGAUCAAGAAGCUGCAGCAGUGCUCAUGUCUCGCAUUGCGGUGUUCAAGGCCGAAGUUGACGAUGGUCCUGAUGUCUUGCGGUGGGUCGACCGCAUGCUGAUCCGGCUCUGCUCUCGUUUCGCAGAUUACAGAAAGGAUGACCCGACGUCCUUCCGCCUUGAAAAGAACUUUACACUUUACCCACAAUUCAUGUUCCAUCUCCGGCGAAGUCAGUUCUUGCAAGUUUUCAACAACUCCCCUGAUGAGACAGCGUUCUACCGACAUGUCCUGAAUCAUGAAGAUACUGGCAACUCUUUGAUUAUGAUUCAACCUACUCUCGAUUCAUACUCUCUGGAGCAAGAGGGUAGCCAGCCAGUGCUGCUUGACUCUGCUUCUAUCCAACCUACUCACAUCCUCCUUCUCGACACCUUUUUCCACCUUCUAAUUUUCCACGGAGAGACCAUGGCCGAAUGGAGGAAAGCUGGUUACCACGAACAGGAAGGAUACGAGAAUUUCAGGUCCAUUUUGGAGCAACCAAAAGAAGAUGCCAGGGAACUCAUUGCCGACCGCUUUCCGCUGCCUCGUUUCAUUAUUUGUGACGCAGGUGGCUCUCAAGCUCGGUUCUUGCUUUCGAAACUCAACCCGUCGACUACUCAUUCGACAGGCGGCUACGGAGGUGGUGUGACGGCACAGACCAUCUUCACCGACGAUGUAUCGUUACAAACAUUCAUGGAACAUCUGAUGAAGCUUGCUGUCUCGGGCACCAACUAG